CGCGCCAGCUCCCGGCCGCGGCACAGCAGCCCCGGCGCCCCCUGCGCCGCCCCGCGCAGGCGCCCCCGCCCCGCCGUCGCCGCCGCAGCCAGGAGCCGCCGCACCAUGCCCCGCAUAGAUGCGGACCUCAAGCUCGACUUCAAGGAUGUCCUGCUCCGACCUAAGCGGAGCAGCCUCAAGAGCCGAGCCGAGGUGGAUCUUGAACGCACCUUCACUUUUCGAAAUUCAAAGCAGACCUACUCAGGGAUUCCCAUCAUCGUGGCCAACAUGGACACUGUGGGCACAUUUGAGAUGGCAGCCGUGAUGUCACAGCACUCCAUGUUUACAGCAAUUCAUAAGCAUUACUCCCUGGAUGACUGGAAGCUCUUUGCCACAAAUCACCCAGAAUGCCUGCAGCAUGUAGCCGUGAGUUCAGGCAGUGGGCAGAACGAUCUGGAAAAGAUGACCAGCAUCCUGGAAGCUGUGCCACAGGUUAAAUUUAUUUGCCUGGAUGUGGCCAAUGGGUAUUCAGAACAUUUUGUGGAAUUCGUGAAACUCGUCCGUGCCAAAUUUCCUGAACACACUAUUAUGGCAGGGAACGUGGUGACAGGAGAAAUGGUAGAGGAGCUUAUUCUUUCCGGAGCAGAUAUCAUCAAAGUGGGAGUUGGACCAGGUUCUGUGUGCACCACCCGCACCAAGACAGGAGUGGGGUACCCCCAGCUGAGUGCCGUCAUUGAGUGCGCUGACUCUGCCCAUGGCCUGAAGGGCCACAUCAUCUCUGAUGGAGGCUGCACGUGUCCAGGGGACGUCGCCAAAGCCUUUGGAGCUGGAGCAGAUUUUGUCAUGCUGGGAGGAAUGUUUUCAGGUCAUACGGAGUGUGCUGGAGAAGUGAUUGAGAGGAACGGACGGAAGCUCAAGCUCUUCUACGGGAUGAGCUCUGACACCGCCAUGAAGAAGCACGCUGGAGGAGUUGCUGAGUACAGAGCCUCUGAGGGUAAGACUGUGGAAGUGCCUUACAAAGGAGAUGUGGAAAACACUAUCCUGGAUAUUCUCGGGGGACUGAGGUCCACAUGCACCUACGUGGGGGCCGCCAAACUCAAGGAGCUCAGCAGGAGGGCAACGUUCAUCCGGGUGACCCAGCAGCACAACACUGUGUUCAGCUAACCCCAGGGGCAAAGCGGCGUCUGGCUCCAGUGGAAGCGUCCAAACCUGCUUUUCCCAUCCACCCCCGCUUAGUCUGUUCCGUCAGAGCUUUUGGCUGCUCCCGAAUGGUGGAAUGCUGUGUCCUCUCUCCUCUCUCCUCUCUCCUGCCACCUGGAGGCUUCGGGGCUCUCCCGCCUGCCUUCUCAGGGCCCAGAUGCAAGGCACCGAUUGGGCCAACAUCAGAGCCCUGCUGCCGAGAACUCAUAACCUCAUUGUUCAAACCAACACUUGCACCUUUCUCUUUUUCUCUUUUCCUCUCCCUUUCUUUGUUUUUCUUUCUUUUUUAAAAGAAGAUGGUUUCACUUUAAUAUAAUGCUAUUAUCUUAAGACUU